GUUCACUACACGUAAAAUCAUCAUUGUCAAAACACCCUUUGCUUACGAAGAAAAUAAUCGUCACUUUAACGUGUACUCAUUCAGCAGAAUGGCACAAUGGGGAAGCUCAUUUCAGAAGAAGCAUAAAAACGAUAGAUUUAUCACAGACACUUUUCACUAGCAAUGAUCAUCAAGCUUUAAAUGAUUGCGAAUUCCCUUUUGUCUUUCAGUUGCCGAGUACGGCAGCUGGCUCUUUUAAGACUGAUGCAUGUAAAAUUCUCUAUCAACUUGAGGCCAAGAUUUAUCGUAAAGGAGCGUGGUAUCAGAUUUUUCCGCUUAAAAAGUCGACAUAUAUUCCUGUACUCUGGCACGCUUUCCCCACUAUGGAAAUGUAUCAACCAGUGACUCAAUCAAACAUUCUGAAUUCAAAAUAUCAAUGGUCUUUUGGUCUUGCUCGAACGCAUCUUGCGCCAGGUGAAGAAAUAGAC